CCAAUACCGACAGGCGCCAGGGGAACCCGCACAGCACGCCCGGGUUGGGAUAGGUUGGUUCCGCCGCUUUAGAGGCCGGUGCUCGCGCUGAGCGCGCCUUAGGCGGACCUGCAGGCCCAGCUCCGCCCGGCCCCGAAAGGCCGCGGGUGGCUUCGAGAUCGCUGCCGGGUGGAGGCGGCUCUGUGGGCGGGGCCAGCGCGCUGCGGCUCUCCCUGUGGUUCGGGCUUCGGCUCCCGCUCCGGCUCCGGCUUCUGGGGGCCCCAGCUCCGCUUCUGCCACCACCCUCCGCCUCAAGCCGGGUGAAGAGUUGCCCUGGGAGCCGAACACUGGGGUCUUCGGGACGCGCUCACUACCCGGCCCAGGCGGAGUCCCUGCUUCCGCGCCUUUCUGCCAGCAGAAGUGAUGCCACCGAAAAAAGAGAAAUACCAGCUUCCUGUUCCACUUCCAGAAGGCAAGAUUCUGGAUGAUAUGGAAGGAAAACAGUGGGUUCUGGGCAAGAUGGUUGGCUCUGGAGGAUUUGGAUUGGUGUAUUUAGCUUUCCCUGCAGACAAACUUGAUAAAGAUGCAAGACAUGUAAUAAAAGUGGAAUAUCAAGAAAAUGGCCCAUUAUUUUCAGAACUUAAAUUUUAUCAAAGAGCUGCAAAAAAAGACUGUAUCAAAAGAUGGAUACAACUCAAAAAGCUUGAUUAUUUAGGAGUUCCUUUAUUCUAUGGAUCUGGUCUUACUGAAUUUAAGGGAAGAAGUUACAGAUUUAUGGUAAUGGAAAGACUAGGAAUAGAUUUACAGAAGAUCUCAGACCAGAACGGUACUUUUGAAAAAUCAACGGUCCUGCAGCUAGGUAUCCGAAUGUUGGAUGUGCUGGAAUAUAUACAUGAAAAUGAAUAUGUUCAUGGUGAUAUAAAAGCUGCAAAUAUACUUUUGGGUUAUGAAAAUCCAGACCGGGUCUAUCUUGCAGAUUAUGGACUUUCUUAUAGAUAUUGUCCCAAUGGGAAUCACAAACAGUAUCAGGAAAAUCCUAAAAAAGGUCAUAAUGGAACUAUUGAGUUUACCAGCUUGGAUGCCCACAAGGGAGUUGCCCUGUCCAGACGAAGUGACCUUGAAAUCCUUGGCUACUGCCUGCUGCGAUGGUUGUGUGGGAAACUGCCCUGGGAACAGAACCUAAAGGACCCUGUGGCUGUCCAGACUGCCAAAACAAAUUUGUUGGAUGAGCUCCCUGAGUCAGUGCUCAAGUGGACUCCUUCUGGAAGCAGUUGCUGUGAAAUAGCCCGAUAUUUGGCAUGUGCUCAUAAUCUGGCAUAUGAUGAAAAGCCAAACUAUCAGCUGCUGAAGAAAAUUCUGAACCCAGAUGGAAUAUAUUUAGGACUACUGGAAUUUUCUACUAAAGGGGCGAGUAUAAAUGUGCAUACUUCAAACAAUCAAAAAAGAGAAAUAAGACGAGAGGGGAAGACAGAGACUGCUGCAGCCUGCUCCACUGCUCAUGAAGCUUCUCUCCUGCAGGUUGACUCACAAAAGGUUGCAACAAAACAAGCUAAUGUUAAUCAGAUGCAAAACAGGUUCCGAGAAAAAAAAGUCUACAAUGAGAGAAAAACUGAGACCUGUGCAACACUGAGAGAAGUACAAAAUGAGAAGCUGAUCAGAUUGCUUAAUAAUGAAACAGAUAAUAAUGAAACAGAUCUGGAAAGCAUGAAGAACAGAAAAAAAAACUGUCAGCCAAGAGAACUUUUAAAUGAAGUAAAAAGUUUCCCACAAAAAUCCAGCUGUAUAAGAUUUCCAAAUUCACAUUAUGACCAUCAAGAUUUUACCAGUCUUUCUUACAGACUCAACAAGUCAAGACCUCCAUCUUGGAAUACAUACUCUUCCAGAACUGCUGUGGAGGCCACAGAUGUGCAAAGGUCUACAGGAUUUUGGUUUACCAUUUCCCAGUUUAGUCUGAGUGAAGAGGCAAAGGCAGAUGUGUAUUAUUAUGGCUUUAUCAUUCUUUGUCUUUUGACGUUAGUUUGUCUUGCUUUAUAUUUUCUCUGAAAACCAAAUACAUUUCUUCUUCUGUUA